AUGUCAUCCCUCGAUCUCAGCACUGAUGCUGGGAUGCAGCGUGUGCUACGAUGCACGGCGUCCGAGCUCGAACAGCUCAAACUCGCCGCGAAACGCCGCAUUCGCGCCUGCAGUGAUGAACACUCCUCUCGGUGCCUCGGAAAUCUUUUCUACGGUUUGGCUAGCUCCAGCAAGCUUUUCGGGAGUAUUUUGGAAGGACACGACAGACCAGAGCAUCGUGUCCCGAAGGUGUUUGACUUCUUCAAUUGCAAGUGGAAGAUCCAACGGACCAUCUUCCAGCAGAUGACCGACGAAGUUGACCAAGAAAGGAAGUCACAUCAGAAAAUAGCGGGUAAAGCAUAUCCGCAGGCAUGUGAUGGCAAGUGGAAAUCUACGAGUGAGGGAGGCGACGGCGGACUCGAUCAGACCCGUCCUGUCAAAAGAUACAAGACUCGAUCGCAGCAGUCGACUACGGUGCUCAGGCUAAUACCCAUGGCCACUCAUUUGAAAGAGACCAGCAUCCCGCAUAUUCCUGCUACUACCGACGAACCAGCGACGCAGUCCCUGAAGUCCACGACAAGCGCGAAAGCUCCAAGCUCACAACACACUGAGACCAGUGCGGCGCUACAAGUCGUACCAACAGGAUUCAUGCGUCCUGUGAUGCCACAUCCUCCGCCCUCCAGCUUCGGUCCCAAUCGCCUUCCGCCGCCAUCUACUCCACCUCCAAGUUCGAUGCUCACGGCUGGUGAGAUGACGAAUCAUCUGCUUUCGCCCGAUGAGAGCUCCAAGUCUCGGUCCGAAUGGACCAUCGAGAGUUUCAUCAAAGAUACAGAAACAAAAGCUCGCUCCAUGAUCCAGACUGGAGUCGAGGCACAGAUCGCGGAGGAGAGAGCCAAAUGGGAGAACGACCGAGCCGCGAUAGAGCAGAAUAAAACAAAGAUGUGGGACGAGAAGUUGGCGGAGCAUCAGGUCGCCGUGGCAAGCUGGAGGUCCGAUCUCGUCAAGCGGGAGGAGAUGUUGGCACAUCAGGAAGCUCAGCUGUCCGACCUCAAGAAGAUGCUUACAGAGCAGGAGAGAAGCCUGGCGCUGGCUACGAGUAAUCUCGAACAGCAGAAAACGAAGUGGGCGGGAGAAAUGACGGAGCGGGAGAGAAUGUUGCAGGAGCGGGAGAAGUUGUUUGUGGAGGCUAAAGAAAGCUUGAAGCGUGCGAUGGACUGA